AUGGGCGUGGUGGCCAGGGUGAAAUGCAGAGAAGGAUGGGAAGGGAUCGGCGUAAUCUGUUACAGCAAUCAUCAUUGCUCCUUCCACCAGGUUUUAAAUGAGACAGUGUAUGAAAGAGAUUAUCUACAUGCCAGACCAAAGGGGCGACCAAAGGAGAGAGUGAAAGAAGGGGUAUGUGGAGGCGCGGAGGAUCAAGUAUACCUCUUCAAAGGAAGAAAGACGUUCAUGGCCAAAUUGUCGGACGAUCCAUCUUGGAGUCCUCCUACUUACCAGAACAUUUCUUCUAUUGAUGGAGACUCCUCCCCUUUCGCUGUUACUCAAAGCACAUGCCUCAUCCCCUGCUCCGUGCCUGGGAAACGAUUCUAUCUCUUUGGAGGAGAGCUUGCGGACCCAUCACAUCUUCCCAAGAAAGCGUUGGCCCAGGGAGAUGGGACGAGGUCUCAGUCAGUAGCAGGGAUGUUUAUUUUGGGGGAAGUAGGGCGAAUGUGGCUACCUCUUCCCGCUUUUCCAAGGAAGAUCGCCAAUGCAGCGGGAACAUCUUUGGACGAUGGGUCCAUCCUCAUUCUCGGCGGAAAGGAUUUAGAAAAAAAUGAGACGUUACAAACGGCGUAUAUCUUUGACUUCCGCGAUGGUGGGAGAUAUAGCAUCCUCCCAGAUAUCCCGCAACCAAUACAGAAGGCAGCGGCGAUGGCAUGGAAGGAGACGCAGAUUAUUCUUGCUGGUGGAAUCACGGCAGACAUGGAAACUUCUUCCCAGGUGAUGGUGUUUGAUCUGAAGGCAAGGAAGUGGGAAGCAUCCUGCGACUGGCCAUCUUUCCACACCCCGAGGUCGGGCUUAGGCCUGAUGGAGGACACUCACGGACGGCUCGUAGCCCUGGGAGGAGAUAACUUUGGGCCAGUGGGGACGCUGGAAGUUCUGGAGGAAGGAGUGGCGGAAGGAAACCUCCAUGACAAUGAGAAACCAUAUAACAGCCGGCAAACAUGGAAUGUCACAGAUUAUCUCGGUUUCGAUGUUCCUAAGCAAUCGCUGCGCUCACCAGACAAGGCACUAAGGGACUAUUGA